AUGCGCUGGGGCGGCAAAGCUCCGCGGCCUGGGAGCUUGGGCGCGCCGGCGCCGGCGUCGAAGGAGCUCAUGGGACCGAAUGCCAGGAUACCCAACAUCUUCGAAAUCCCGGGCGCCUUGGACGCUGGGGAGGUAGCCGCCCUGAUCGAGCGCACCGAGCAGGUUGGCCUGGAGCUCCAAACCAGCCGUGGGCCCGCCUACGGUGAAGCCGUGCGGCAUCACUCCCGCACUUCCUUCGAGGAUUUUGGCUAUGCGGAGGCCUUGUGGCGCAGCGGCCUGGACAGGGCUUUGGCACCUCUGCGGGUGGCCGGCCGAGCGCCUGCAGGCCUAAACGAGAACAUCCGGAUCUACAAGUAUUCGGGUGGGGACGUUUUUGGGCAGCACGUGGAUGGCAGCAACCGGACCUCGAGCGGGCGCACCGAGUACACGCUUCUGAUCUAUCUGAGCGGGGCCGCGGAAGGGCUCGCGGGAGGGGAAACGGUCUUCUAUUCGGAGGGUCGGGAAGUUCUCCGAGUGGCGCCUUGCGCGGGAACAGCGCUGGUGCACCGCCACGGCAGAGAGUGCUUGUUGCACGAGUCCCUGCCGGUGCAGCAGGGCGUGAAGUAUGUCCUGCGCUCCGAUGUGGUCUUUCCCGACUGA